UGAUGUGGCCUCAUUGUUUGGCACCAACACUGCACAAAGCUACAUAUAUCAGUUUUCAUGUAUUGGAAAUAAUGCUGAGUGACACAGAAGGCCUGCCUGCCUGCCUGCCUGACUCCUAGGACUGUUCUCAAUUGCUCCUAUGUGGAUCUUGUGUGUUGUUUGACAUAUAAGAUAUUUCAUACCUCAUACAGCACAGGAACUUGUCUACAGGGACAUAGUUAAGCAGGAGCGUUUUUUUUAUAAUUUGUUGUUAUAGUUAUUAUUAUAUUAAUUUGAAUAUAGUCUUUAUUUUACAGUAUUGUUUUCAUUGUUUUAUCCAAUUAUCGAUAUUAUAUUGGAAGUAAAUAUGUUGUUUUUUGUUGUUUCAUCAUGUAGUUAAAGCAUUACAUUUUCUUAGCAAGUGUACCCUUUGUCUGUGAGCAUCUUGUGUUGGCAGGCAUGUCCGGUAGCACUAAGUAACAUAGGGAGUACUUCCAUUGUGAGUGUGGACCACUGAAUGAUGAGGGAACCUGUUGAGUGCUGACACACUGCACUCCAGGGAGCUGUUCUCAUGUACACUGGGGAUGACUUCACUCCUGCCUUGUUAGGGUUGUGGGCUGUCAGGAAAGAGUGUGGGUCUGUGCUGUCACUUGUCCUGAUAUCCUAGUGUGCUGUGGGGAAUGGGUGAAGUUGUCUUUUUCUUUAUGUACAAUCAUAGGCAAUACUUGAGUAACUUCACAGAUUCACUUUCAUUUAGUUUUGUAUUUCACCUCAGUCUUAGGUCCUUUGACCUCUUGAUAGUCUUACAAAUUCUAGAAUAAGCAGCUCACCAAAUAAGAGGACUUAAUAUUGACAGAGAAAUGCAAAAUAGUGGGAAUGAGUGGAGAAGGUUUCUCAACAUCUAACCAUGACUGUACAGUUUUUCAAAGUAUUGAUGUCAUAUUGUUGUGCUAAAGCAGUUUACUUAAUGAUUUGUAUUCGUAUUAUAGGCAUGAGUUUCUGUGGACUGAGAUAUCACUACUUGAUGCAGCUGUACACAUUUAUGUAGGUCAACUGUCUUUUACUGUCUCCUUACUGUUUUCUUAAAUUUUUCAUUGUCUGAUAAGUGGAAGGUCUUAAUUGUUCAUGACUUGCAUAUCCAGAGUAACUGUUUACUGACAACCACUUGCAUAUCUUGGGCAGUGUGGGCAGGUGUCUCAACAGGUCUUGCUUCUUGUGCAGUACAGAUGUACAAGGUAUCAUUCAAAUUUAUAUAAGAUGAACAUUUUUUUCAGGUAUAACAUUGUUAGUAUUGAGUAGUAUUUAGUAUAUAUUGUUUUAAGGCAGCAAUGUGUGUUAUUUGCAGGAUUUGAUUUUAUUGAAGGUAUUUCUUUAAAAUGAGAGGUUUGUGUACUAAUUUAUUGCUUCUUGAUUUAUUUGUAGAGUGUCGGAACUGUAGGGAUUUCUUGUUGCACCGUUUCAUGUAAGAAGUGUUGUUGAAUUUACACAGAAAUAUGGUGCAUAUAUCUCUUAAUGAUAUGACUGUAGUGCCUCAGACUGAUUCCCUUAAUCCUUCAGUAACCCCUCAUUUAAUUUUUAUGGUGUUGACUGUUGACAUUUGAGGAGAAUGAGGAUAAAGGGGAUGAUAAGCAUGAUUGUUAUGAUAAUGGGAGGUGGCAGUAAAGUAAAUAAGACAUGGAAAAGAACAUAAUAGAUUAUCUAGCAGGGAUAUUUGUUAUUGAGGUACAGUAUAUUUUAUGAUUGUAUUCACCAACAAGCACUAAUAUAUAUGGAACAUUCAUUUCUUUUUAUUCUCUUCUAAUGUAUAUGCUAUCUGUUCAUUUUUACCUUAAUUCUGAACAUCAUCAAUAAAGGUUAUUGACUUUUGAGUUAAUUUACACGAAACACUGACGAUUAUACAGACGGAAAAAUGAUAUUGAUAGAUUACUGAGUCCAUUUGAACUAUUAUAGAUUUUGAGUUCAUUUACACACUGACAUUUAAUUCUGUGGACAGGAAAAUGUUUUAGUCAUGGUUUGGGGGGUUUUUUUGUAAUGAGGUGUGGCUGUGUGGCUACUAGUUCUUUAAAGAGUGGUGUGGGAUGUGUGGUGAGCUUGCCACCUUUGUAGUGUGGUGAAGAUGUGUGGCUAUUAGCACAGGAGCCAUCUUCAUUGUGGGGUGUGUGUGUAUGUGUGUGUGUGUGUGUGUGGCUGUCAUUGUGGAUCUGUCAACCAAGAGGGAGGUAUUGGACUUCAAAGAUUUGUUUUUUCUUCACAUUUUGAGCUACAUUGCAACACUCAUAGGAUGUUUUGUGUUAGAAAUUGUGACUAUAACCUAAUUUUGAAGGCAGCAACCCUAACCAAAGCUACUUAAUACUCAGUUACCCUAAAAGAUAUGUACCUUCCAUAACCUGUCAGUGGCCAUGUGGCAUUUGGCUUUACAUUCAUGGCGAGUUUUAAGACAUAUUAACUGUUACAUUGACUCUUUUCUGUGUUGAUCAUUGUAAAGCCAGUAUUGAAGACUAGCAGUGAGCUCACCAGCCUCUUUGGGUUAUCUCCUGGUGUUUCAGCUAAACAUUUUCUUCACACUGACAGAAGAAAAGUAUGAUAAUGCAAUGAUAAUAAUCUAUCUAUGUACUGGAAUAACUUUUUUUAUUUUUAUUUAUUUAUUUAUUCAUUCAUUCAUUUAUUCAUGCAUUCAUUUAUUCAUCCAUAUUCAUGAACUAUCUGCUUUUCAUGUGUGGAUUGUUGUCUGAGGAAAUACAAGCAUGUAGUAUUGUUAAAUGGGCACUACAUGAAUGUAGCUUAAUUCAUCAUUGAAUUACUUGUAUUUACAGUACUAUGUCAAAUUAUCAGGGUGAUUUUCCUUACAGUGUAAAUUUCUUGCACCAUAUAGGUUUUGACGUGUGUAUGUGUUCACAAACAUAAAUUAAUUAUUCAUUUAUUCUGAUUUGUAUCAGAUAUGGUUAUUUACUUACAAAGGUCUGAUUUUCAGGUAUCAGUUAAUCAACUCAUCACUUAUAGUCUAUCACUACUACUCCUUUGCCAGAUAGGCUCUAGUACAGUUUGAUGUUUCUCACAAGAACAUUCAAGGGUAUUGUUCAUUUGUAAACCAGAGUUUCCUUGUGACUGAGUCUAUGAAUAAGAGCAGAUAGAUUUAUGUGGUAACAAAUCAGAUACUUUAAAGUUUUUGCACUUUGGCAGCUGGGGAAGUGCCUUCUUGGAGUCAGUGAGUGGCAGUGCUGUGUCCUGAGGAGGACAGCAGGCAGUGAUCAAUAUGGUCUAUAAUGGGGGAGCUAAAGUUUGCUUAUAUUUAAAUAGGAUGAGUGGCAAUUGCCACAUUGGACAAUUACAUCAGUUCUUCAUGGUUUGGAGCUGGACAAUACCCUUAGAUUCACUAGUCUAAAGAAAUCCUAGAAUAGGAAACAGGACUUGUAAUCUUAUAACCGUUUAGCCUCAAGAUUGUUAAUCCAUUACACUGGUGAUCGUGUAGACACUGCAGCAUGUGAUGAGGGAGCAUGCCAGGACACAAUGAAGGCUGUUUCAAAGGCAGGCUGGUGGUGGAGGGCUGUCUUUGCAUUAUCCAUAUAGUAACAGCAUGUUGUUCCACUCUAUACUGAUAUACAUGCUGACAGAGGUUGUAUCAUUAGACAUUGUAUAAUUUUUGCUGCUUUUGUGUUUGCAAGUUUUCAUAAUCUUACUGAUAAAAGUCUUAUUGUUUAAAUGUUUUAUAAUUUAUACAUCUGUUUGUUAAAAUACUUACAUCAUUACAUGUUUUAAGAAAAAUCUAUCAACAAAAUUCAAUUAUUAAUCUGAAGUUUGUCAGUACAAGAGAGGAGUUAAAAUGGCAGUGUGUUUGGCAGAUUUUGUUUGGCAGAGUUUGGUCAGCAAUAUGUUGCAAUAAUAUUUAGGUAAUUGUAUGUAGAGAGUCUGCACUACGAGUAUGUAUGCCUCUAUGGACAUAGUAUGUGUACUGUAGAUGAACUGCCUGGAGACACAAAAAAAAAGGGUUGAAACUGCUUUGUACAUUCUUGGAUUUUCAUUAAUCUCAUAUCAGGUAUUUCAUUACCUAAUGAAUGGGAUAAAAGUAUUCUAUUUUAGUAUUCUGUGUCUGUAUCUUUAUAUCAAGCCCAGGCAUCUUGUAUUAUUGUUGGAACUGAAAAUCAGAGGAAGGGAUUCCCAGUCCCCUUGCCCUACCCCUUUUACUUGCCUUUCACAGUGUAUGGGGAAUAUAACAACAGUGUUCUUCCAGCUUGUCAUAAAAUCAAGAGUACAUAGAAUACUUUAAAAGAAGGCAGUCAUGACUUUCAUCUCAUUUCAUAAGUAAAUAAAAUUCAAUUCAUAUCACAUCAUUUCAUGCCAGCAUGGUGAAAUGAAUAAUACAGAUGUCAUAAAUGGGUGAAGCUGACUGUAGAGUGUAUGCACUAAGUACUUGUAAUAGAAAUAGUAAAUUCUCACUUCAGUGAAUGGUAUGGCGAGAGAGAGAGAGAGAGAGAGAGAGAGAGAGAGAGAGAGAGAGAGAGAGAGAGAGAGAGAGAGAGAGAGAGAGAGAGAGAGAGAGAGGUGAGGAGCAAUUUGUACAUUUAAUUAAUCUCAGAUUCACGAUCAGCAAGAUGUCAAUGUGGCAAGUGUUUGCACUUGUCUUGGUUCAUUAGAGUGAUAUUGAACUCCUACUUUGAUAUGGUUUUUGUUCUUAACAGUGCCAUGGAAGACUAGUACAAUUUACAACUUUUAGUAUUAAGUUAUAAGUGAAAAGUAGUAAUUGAAUAGAGCUCAUCUUAGAAAUUUCACUCUUGUAUGAGGCUGGCCAUUUCUUUUCAUAAUAACAUUAUUUUUUAUGACAAUUCUGUUGCUUAUUGUAACUAUAUGCACUGGCUUGCUUUAUUCAAAAUGUUUUUAAUAGAAAAUAUACAUAUCUGAAUCUUAAAUUGCAAAGCUUUUUAAAUAUUUUUACAAUAUGAGUGCUAUGAUGCAUCUUAAUCUUGCGUAGCAUCAUCUUAGUGAGUUAAGGUAAUGAAUAUGCAACAGUUUCUCCACCACAGUCUUGUGCAAGCUCAGCCCUUCACCCACUCCCUGUCACUGCCAGUGUAGGAGAGAGCAGUGUUGGGAGCUGGUGGAGGGGAAAAUGUUACCACUUGAAUGGCAGCCUUGAAAUGAAACACGACAAGAACUUUGAGCAGUUAAUGGAGGAGGCCUCAGCCAGGCACAACAGAUGGGGAGAAAGACAGACACUCACAGACAACAGAACAAGGAGCAGAGUGGUGUAGCAGAUUAACGCGGUGUAUAGGAAAACAUGACUGCUCCUACUAGUAAUACUACCACAACCAGGAAGGAUUAGGAAAGGACAGUGACAGAAGUGGCGGUGGUUAUACUGGAAAGAAACUGAUCACCUUCUUAACCUUCCCUUUUCCUCCUCCCUUCCCUCCAUCCCUCCAUCCCUCCAUCCUUUGAUCCCUCCUUCCCUCCCUCCCUCCCUCCCUCCCUCCCUCCCUCCCUCCCUCCCUCCCUCCCUCCCUCCCUCCCUCCCUCCUGCGGCACUUCCCAAAACAACGUCAGGCCUGAGGAAUAAAGAAGCGAAGAGGAAAAAAAAGACGAGGAAGGGAAGGAAAAAGAGGAAACUGGUUUGGCUUUGACGGAGGAAACUCGCCGAGGGAAACACAAGUUGCAGGGCACACUCCCUACCUGACGGGGCGUGGCAGGAGCGGCAGAUCAUGUAGCGGCGGAGACAUCCAGGAGGGCAGGAGGUGAGGACACAAGCUCCCGUAACACCACUGAAGGAGGCGCUGAAGUAGACGAAGGAGGAGCCGCAGGAUGCCUUUAGGAAACCCUGCAAAUCAACACACUUAGCCACUUGAGAGGCGUGUGUGUGUGGGUGUCGGCGGGAGCACAAGGCAACAGCAAUCUCCCGAACUUCCUGUCACUCUUAUGCCCCUGGAGCGGUGAGGGGAAAGUGCAGUGCCCCGGGAUGGCGUGAGGGAUAGGCCCCCCGGCAGCAGCAAGACGCCCCUGUGACGAGGAAGGAGUAAGGCGCGGAGAACCAUGAUUGGGUCCUCGCCAUGGGAUGUGGACGGAGCAGCCUUGCCAGUGAUAGUCCUAAGAAGAAGAAGAAGAGCGAAGGCGACUCGGAGUGUGACAGCGACGGAGACUCCACCAGCAGUGGCGGCGGCGGCGGAGGGGGCUCUGGCAGGAAGCAGCAGCAGCUGAGCAACAAGUUGGUGGCCCUGGGUGGCGGGGGUCCCUUGCUGGCCCAGGCGAAAAUCUCAGAAAGCCAACAGGACUUCUUUAUGAUGCUCGAUGAGAAGAUAGAAAACGGUCCCGAUUACGAUUCGGAGACGGAGGAAGUGGAGAGACGGCGGCGGCUGCAAGAGUGUGCCCAGCAGUGGGGGACUCUGAGCAGCAGCCAGGCCGCCAGUCCCAGCAAUGACGUACCCGUUAGACUCCCUGACGAGGACACGGGCGGCUCCGGGGACAUCACGGAGGAUGACGAAGAGGAAGACGAGCCAGGCCGCAUCCCAGACGAGGCGGUGAAGGAGCAGUACAUGUUUAUGGGUAACCUGUACACUCUGACCCACAUCCGCACGGACUCAGACAAAACAGAGCCGAAGGUGGACGUUGUGACAGUACCCCAGGAGGAGGCAGGGGAAGACCCAAGCGGCGGGGAGGCGGAACUGGGGCACAAACUCAAUGGGUCAGCGGUGCAGGAGGGGAAUGGCGUCACUGAAGUUGAAGAAGUAACGGACGGAAUGCCGCAGACUAAAACUUCUCCCAGAUCAACUUCCAGACCGGCUUCCCUUAUACUUAAGUCAGUUUUUCCCACAGAUGCGUUACAAGAAUGACCUUCCCUUUUAGGUAAUGGGUCUGCCUGUAUGCUUCCUUCAAUAGAGGCUAUCUGAGUGUCUGGCUGGCGCGUGUGUACCCUCCGCCAGUGAGUUCCCCAAUGUGUUAAUAGCUAUUUGUGGAAAGAAAGAUGUUCUAGGUAUUUUUUGGUAUUUUCGAGACACGCCACGUCACUAGAACACUAUGGAAGGAUGUAUCUAGGUGAUAUACACGUGUCCUAGCCAGAACUGCGUCAAAUGUGCAGUAGACUUGAUCUUGAUCUUGAUGCUACAUGUGGCUCUACUCCUGAGCCUUUGGAACGGCAGUCUGUUUGGAGGAGUCACCUAGCGUAAACAUUUGGGUGCGGGUGUCGGCUUUCCAGUGCCCACGCGUACGUAUCUGUGUAUCUGGCCUGAUAUAUCUCCCAAAGAACCAAUAAGUGACAUUUUGAAGCCAAAACUUCGAAAAAGGAUGCCAAAAUGCACCAAGAAACAAGUGUUGCUGGUAAGACGUGAACAAUGACAGAAUGGCGCCAAUUGUCUCAGUUUGGCGGAAUUCAUUUUUCUGAAAAGAUUGUAUUCUUUAUUUUUGUCAUCAUCGUCGCCAUUUAUUUUGAUUUUACUUAACAUAACGUAACUGCCAUGUACAAUCUCCUCUCUCAUCCUCUAAAGAAAAUCAAUUUACGACAGUGAAGAAUACAUUGUUACUACCGUAGAAUUAGAUUCCCGGAAAGCCGCGUCACUUCGGUAGUCAGACUCGUGGUUAUUGUCAUGAUUUCCACCUGUCUUCACUCGCUGCUCCAGUCACCUCCGACUGGUUAUGACCAAACAUAUGAGAACUUAAAAAACUUACAUUCUACUCAAAUAUCAGUAAACAAAUAAAAUUACAGACACUGAAAUACUCAUCAGCUCCAUUUCAUGUCAGUGGUAUUUUUCAAAUUUCUAGACUAAAAACUUACUCCUCAUUAAGACUGCGAAGCUGUAGCAAUCAGAGUUAAUAAGACCACCAUCACCACGACUCUCAACACAACACCGCCACCGCCGCCUCAAUGCUGUGGCGUGCUGUGGGCCGCCGGCUUGCACACCCUCGUUUCAGUUCCGUAAUAUUGACUUGUCAGAGAAGUAUUUUUGCCAUUUAUGGUAUUUGUGAUGUGAUAAGUAUUGUCUUGAAUUGCUUUUCAAUGUGUGUGGAGACGGGGCAAGGGGACAAUGAAGAAAAAAAAGUUGCGUCUAAAGUAAUGAAGUAGAAAAUAAUAGAAAAUUUUGUAAUGGAUGCAGUGUUACUUUACCUGUUUGUUAUGUGCUCCUUUCCUUUAUGAGAGAGAGAGAGAGAGAGAGAGAGAGAGAGAGAGAGAGAGAUGAUCUACUAUUAAUUAAGGGAAAAGAUAAAAGGUAUACUUGUAUGGAAGUGAAAGUUUUAAAUAGGUAUGUUUAUCCUCUUAAAUGAGUUGUUAAUGUCAUAAAAAGGCGUAUUACUAAUCAUGUUUUAUAUGUGAAUGUGGUGAUGAGCACACAAAUUAUGUUACUAAAAGAAGUGAUAAGUAUUUGUAGUGGUGGCACAGACAUGAUACAUAAAUCUGGGUGUUGUCUUUAGAAGCAAUACUUGGUCUGCCUAUGUCUUUUAUAUAUCUGUUUAUUAUAGUUAUUGUUUCAUUAUUAUUGUUAUUAUUAUUAUUAUUAUUAUUAUUAUUAUUAUUAUUAUUAUUAUUAUUAUUAUUAUUAUCAUUACUGUGUGACUACAUAUGAAAAUGGAAAAUACCAACAGAGGAAGAUUAUUAUUAUUAUUAUCUUCAUUAUUUAUAAUAUUUAUUUAUUUUAUAACAUAUAGUAAUAUCAGUUGAGAGAGAGAGAGAGAGAGAGAGAGAGAGAGAGAGAGAGAGAGAGAGAGAGAGAGAUGUGUCUUGAAUAAUAAAGUGGUGCAAAGUACGUAUACUUGUUCAAAUGUAAUUUUAUAGUUUGUGUGGACAGACAACCAGACAGACAGGCAGACAUGUAUAGAAUAAAUAAUUGACAUACAUACAGACAAGUAAAUAAGCACAGGAUGAUAAAGAAAUUGAUUUUAUUAAAAAGAAAAAUUUGCAAUGGUUAUUAAGAUCUUGAUGAAUAAACUGACAUGUUAAGUAUUCAGUUCCUGCAGAGGUGUUUUUCUUCAACUGCUUCCAUAAGCGUCUCUCGUUUACCUUUGUAAUGUCUUGUAUGUGCUACCAUGGGUACUGUGUGCUGUGAUGUGGAAUAAGCAAUGAGUGUGAUGUGCCCUAAACUGUAGAUAAUGACUUAGAAGAAUGCAUUACAGGUGAUGGGAUAGACACUGGACAGGUAUACUUACCAUCCUUACCAGCAAUGCUCAACCUGUUUUCAUUUCACUGUCAGUUAUGAAUCAUUGCCUGAGUGCCUCUGUGAAGACAUUUCUUGCAGCAACACAAGGAUUUGUAAUGAUGUCCUUGGUGUGAGCAGGUGUAAUACAUUCUUAAAGGUGCCACAUACUCAUUUGGCUAUUCAUUAGUGUGUAUCACCAGAGAACACCCUGUCUUAGAUAGUUUUGAGGUGAGGCACUGAAAGAACUGAUUAAAAGUGAAUUAAGCUUGGUUUUGGAGUUACCUGCUUGUACCCAUUAUCAUGUACUGAUUUGGAACAUCUUGUUGAGGCAUUCCUUGGGUGUAGCACUGGAAGGACAGUGUGGUAGUAAGUGAUGCUUGUGGUUUAGAGCUGCAUGAUGUCCUUGGUGUUAUCUACUUGCAUAAAACAUUCUCAAGAGACUGGAUACCUGCCUAGAUGCCCAUUAUUGUGUAUCACAUGUGAAUACCUUGUUGUGGCUGUCUUAGAGGUGAAGCACUGGAAGGAUGGAGUGUUAGUGAGUGAUGUGCGUUGUCAAAAGAGCUGUGAAGUCAUAAGAGGCUAUUCCUUAGCUCUGGGAGAGUGUUGUGAAGGUGUAAGAAGGAACUGUGAGAACCUUGUUAUGCCACUCUUGUUUUCACUCAAUUCUUCAGGUUGAUUGGUAUAGUUAAGUUGUAGUUUUAUUUGUAUAUGGUAAGAAUGGUCAGGCAGGGUCACUGUUACAGGUAUUUGGGUUAUGUAAUGAUGAUACUGUAUUUUGUUCAUAGGUAAUGUAUUUGAUGAAGAGCUUGUAAUGUGUUAUGCCUGAUUCCUUUUCUUUUUUUCUCUUUUUUGUUCAUGAAUAGCAUAUUUGUGCAUGAUGCAGUAAGUGAAAGCAUUUUUUGUCAAGUAACUCAAGACUAUAACAGCAAAUAUCUCAUAGACAGAUAAGGUGAAUUUUCUCCUGUUUAUACACAAGCAUGUAGAUACUAUACCUAAUAUAGGAUUCUAUUUUAGUGUUGACAAAAAUACUAUUCACCUAUUUUUUAUCAAAUAUUAAACCAUAUGAUAAAGAUACUCACUUAAUACUGUCAAGAUAAUAACAUUAUGUCACUGAGGAUGGUGUGGCAGAUGAUGGCAGUGUGUAGAGGACAAACCAUUGUCACUGUUCUGAGUAGAGAGGAGCAUAGGAGUGUGUGACAGUGCAGUGCUAGGAGAGAACUCUCACUCUCACACACUUGGCCAAAGGUUCUUAGUGUGCCUUGCAAAAAGUACAUUGAUAGUACCAAAAAAUACAUUACCAUACCUGAACACUGAUCAGCGAACAAGCUCAGAUGCACGUGUGUAUUCAUUAUUAGUGUGCAUGGUGACAUGAACUGCUAUGUAUGUUUGAGUACUGAUUUUGUGUAGCAUGGACAUAUACACUAAUGUUAGUGAGUCAUUAUAAUGCCAACUUACAUUACUAGGAAUCAAAAGACCCUUAAGUAAAAGCUGCUCACAUUACUUGAUAGAGAACUUGUAUGUAGUGAUGGUAUUGAUACAGUAAUGAUGAUGGUGAUGCAAAAAUAGUACUGGUGGUGGUGAAGGGUUGCCACAGCAUGGGGAACUGUGCCAAAAUGCUGGGACCAAAGGAGAAGGAUUGAGUACAGGCUGUGUGCUAUGCCAACUCAGGGCAGAUAUAAAUUGUAGCUAUAUAACUCAGGAGUCAAGCCACCACUAGUGCAGGCUUUUCUUAUUGACCACCAUGUGUAAGAGAGUGAGCUGAGGGCAGUGAGUCUUUUCUGCUGAAUGACUCUCACUUCAACUGUAUAUCUAUCUGAGGAAUUUUGAUGUUUCAGUCUCAAAUUCUCUGAUCAGCUGGAAGUCUAUUAACUUAGCUUUUGUUAGGAGAUUGCCAGCAAAUCAGAGGACUUAAGACUGAGGGAAAACAGAAAGCACAGAGGAAGUGUGUCCAGUGUGUUACUCUACUGUCAAGGUGGAGACAGGGACCAGGCAACCUUGAGUCCCUAGUCUUACCCAGUGUUACCCUUGUGGUAGUUACUUGAGACUAAAAUUCCCUUGUAUGUGGUGACAGAAAUGCCUAUCACUCACCAUCAGUUUGUGUCUAUUUACUGAAUCACCGCAGGGCAGAUAACAGACUGUGGAAUGAAUCAGACAAAUGUUACCUUAAAUUGAGUGUAUUUCCUCCUUAAAGACACAUCACAGCCUUUCAUAUUAUGCAUGGCUAGUUAUGACUUAUCACAGAGUGUCAUGUCCUGCUUCAUAGAAAUAGCUGAUCUGAAGGAGGGACAAAUAUUUAGCCAUGAGAGAUGCCCUGGCUGGGAAUUGAACCCCUGACAGGAAAAUAUAAAGUACAGCAACCUAAAUGUGGGGACCAAGUAAUUACCAGGUCUGAAGAUCUUUUUUGGGGGACUUUACAUCUCCAGUCACUAGGAAAGGAUACUAUUUAUAUAAAGGUAAAGUGUCUUUGAAGAGGAAACUCAUUUUAACAUAACACUUGUCUGACCCAUUACUGAUGCAGCUCGUCUUGCAUUUACAUCAGGCAUAGAUUUAGGUGCACUCAGGAGUCUGGCAUUUGGUAACAAGCCACAACCAUUUGCUGUCUCACUCAGCACUAUAGCUGUCAGGUUUACGGGAAGCCAGUAGAGGUGUCCUGGCACUCUAUUACAGUGAGGUCUUGGAAGAAACUGCUAAUAUCUGCUGUAAUGUAAUAUCUAGUGUAUACAGACAUGACUACCACUCUUCACAGAACCUACCUGUGUGGUUUUCAGGUUCUGUCUUGCCAUAAAUUGAAGUCAGAUAAGGUCACAUCACAGGGAAACUAGAUAAUUUACUGGAGAGUCACUGGAGUAGGCAUGCAGGAAGUUUAGGAAGGGAGUGAGAGUCAGGUGUGGUGAGAUUGAAUCAGUCCUGAGUUGUCCUGUCAGUGAUGCAUUGAUGCCACACUUUGUCACUCAAGCUCAAAGUCUGUUCCUGUGAAAAAAAAAAGAAAAAAAUCUGUUAUUUGUUUUGAGCAUUAAGGACACAGUACACAGAAUGCAGGUGAUACAUGUGAAAUACAAGUCAUUAUUAGUGUGGUUAUACCUUGGGUGAAAUUUUUCACUCACCAGCCGUAUGGAUGAACCUUUGUUAUGUGAGGCAGUACACAUUUAGUGAGCUGCUCCAUCAGGCAAUGGCUACAAACAUGUUAUACAAAAAUACUGAAAAUGUUGUAUUAAGAAGAAACAGCUUUUUUGCUAUUUUAAAAACACUUAGAGAAAUGAAUUAUGUAAUUUCUUUGUUGACACCAGCUUAAUACCACUCAAUAUUGACUACUUUUGGUGCUAACAACUUGUACUUUGUGAUGCAGAGAUUUAACCUUGCAUGCCAGAAGAAGUAGGGAGGGAAUAGCUCCAUUUGUUGUGCCACUUGUACAGCAACGGUUGUGACCAGUCAGGCUGCACUUUACACAGACACAGGAGGGAGACCAGAGGUGAUCAGUCACAGCAUUACCACUGAAGACAUCCCUUGUGGCCAGUGGCAAAAACCUUAAAAGUAUGAUUAACUCUAAUGCUGAUCACAGUUAUGCAAUUUCAUGUAAGAAAUGUACAUAUGGCAUUCAUAUAUAUAUAUAUAUAUAUAUAUAUAUAUAUAUAUAUAUAUAUAUAUAUAUAUAUAUAUAUAUAUAUAUAUAUAUAUAUAUAUAUAUAUUUAUUUAUUUGUUACUAGUCAAAUCAUAGAGCUGCAUGUGGUUGUGGUGAGGGUCUGUGGGAGGGCUGCUGCUUACCAGGGUGGGCCGAAUGGCCCCUGAUCCUCACUACUACUGACCACCUGGUGGCUCCUCACUACACAACUCUGCAACACUCAACAAACUGCUGCUUUGUGCUGUCUGGGGCAAACAAAGCACUCAUGGUGUUAUUUGUGUGUUAUGUUCUGAAUAUGGCAAUAAAUAUAUGUUCUUAUGUUUAGAAUGAUAGAUUACCAAGACUGACGCAGGCGACACCAAUGUUAGAAAAUCUUUGUAUAAGUAAAACAGACUUAUUCACCUGCCGAUGCCAAAAAAUGUUAGUGAGGCAGUAAAACACUGUAGUUGUGUAGAUCAGAGCCAAUAUUUAUGAAUUAGAAUUUCAUGAUAUAUAUAUAUAUAUAUAUAUAUAUAUAUAUAUAUAUAUAUAUAUAUAUAUAUAUAUAUAUAUAUAUAUAUAUAUAUAUAUAUAUAUAUAUAUAUAUAUAUAUAUGAUUAUUUAAAUACUAUUAAGUUUGUAAUGUUUGAAAGUGUGAACAGCUGCCCACAGGGAGAAAGGUGUCCCCUUAAGCUGCUGUAUGACAUGCAGUGCCAAUGGUUUGUUUGUUUCCUCUUAAUGAUAAGUGUACUAGUAAUCAGCUCCUAAUUAAUGUUUUAUCUACAAUGUGAAAAGUGUUAAAACUGUCUCUACAAUGCAAUUUAGCAAUUAAUGGAGUGUGAAUAUUCUGUGAAACUGGUAUCUUUCCCACAUGUAGCAAUGACCCUUGGCUUGUGGGGAGGUAGUGAGCUUAAAAAGAGCUUCAAAAUGUACAUGUCCACACCACUGAUCUAACAUCUCACCCUGACUUCUUAGUGACAGAUUACUAAAUGUGAUGCUUUGAAAACACAACCUGGGUAAUACCAAGUGUGCUGAAGUGUAUGGAAAAUUGCAACCAUGAAGUUUUUGGUCUAAAAGGAUGACAGAGAAUGGUAUUAAUAGGUUUAGUGGACCUUGGAUGCUUGAUGUCUGUCAUGAGGAGGCUUGUUGUGUGAGUGUUUGAGAGGAUAAUUUAGUUAAUGAUGGCUGUUUUGAGCUGUAUUUCCCAUCACUGUUGUUGAAAUGCACUUUUUGAUAAUAUGUAAAGUUUUAGAGAUGUAAAGGUUAGCAAUAUAUAUAAAGUAUAGUAUAUCAGAAAUAGAUAUUUAUACCUGAAAGACUGCUGCAGGUCUUCAUAUCGGAAUCAUUCAAUACUUAGGCUGUAAAUACGUGGUCUCGUUGUGUUAGUGGAUAGUCAGACCUCUCUCGUCAUCCUUGUACGUCCUCAGCACAGUCACUUGUCCUUGUGAGGCCAAUGAUGCAAGCACUGAAACUGUCAUUGCUACAUCAUCAUGCUCAUCACAACUCACUCCUGUGCCUUGACACGAGGAGUCAGCUGUGAGUGUGAGUGGGUGUGGUUGUAGCAUUAAUAGCAACUGUGGGGCUGACAUCCUGGCAGUCACAGGAUGAACAUGUUGAAAGUGUGGAUGUCAGUGCAGGAGGAGGGAGGCCUGACUUCAGUCUUCUAGUGGGGCCUUAACCUAAACUGAGUCUGUCUUCAUCAUCCAGGGGCUAAAGAGGAGAAAACACAAGGGCUAAACCUGUGAUAUUUUGUUGUAAAGCAAGAUUUUGUCAUUUUGCUUUGGUUCAACACUGAUUGUUGCUGAAUUUUUCAGAAUUUCUUAUAUGUUGAUGAUGAGAUGCAACCUGAUUAUGAGGGCUGUCAGAGUGGGUGGUGACUGGUGGAGGGUUGGUCUUGGGCCACACAUGCUGCCCUGAGGCUGGUGGGGCCUCAUCCACUAUUUCUAGACACACAUACAUAUACACAAACACACACAUUUCACUUUUGGUCUUUUGUCAAAAUAUUUCUUUUAGUUUUGAAAUCUGCAAACUUCAUACAAGCCAGCCUUAGUGUCAGUGGUUUAUCUCAGCACCUCACAUUGUUUAAGAUUCAAAAUCUCAAUAGCACAUCCUAUCUGUACACCACACAACUCUGUUUCAUUCCGUCUUGUACACGCCUUCACCUUCCUGGAUGCUGAGGCCCAUUUGGUUCAGUGUUUCCUUAUUUGCUGUCAAUAAGGGGAGGUGUAGGUGUGGCAGGUGUGGUGGCCUGAGCUUGCCAUAGGUGGUGAGGAGAGCCAUUCUUGGGCCAGGCACUGUGAAAGGUUUCUCAUGGACAAGGACUUAAUAAUGUUGGCUUGUACUGUAUUGUACUUUGUGGUGAAGGAACAAGUCGAGGCAGGAAGCUGUAGAUGUCUGCUCAAGGGAAAGGUUGAGGUGAGUUUUUACUUGAAUGUUUUGUAUCACAAGAACCUGAAGAUCUGAUUUAAUUAGCAGGUUGUUAGCUUUGUUAGUUAUCAAGUGAUGAAUUAGAUACAUGUACUACACAGUCUAUUUUACAGGAAUUGAAAUGUUACUUAGCAUGUCCCAAAACCUCUUGAUAUAUGCCUCCAUUUUAGAGGCAUAUACAUAUAUAUAUAUAUAUUUUGUGAAAUAUUGUUACCACUUACUGUGACAGAAUCUCUCAAGAAAUGUACAAUAAAGAAGAGCUAGAUUAUAAGUUUGCCAAGAGAUGAGUUUUAUGUUAUGCUUAGUGAAAAUUUAGUUAUAAAAAUGGCCUGGAUGAAACAAGAAGCUGCAUUCUAGAUCAAUGAAUUUGAGACAGAGCUGCAGAACAUGUGAGGGAGUGGAAGUGUGGAGGUGACUGCCUUGUGUGUGGUGUGUGCUGUGAUGGUGGUGGUGGUGGCCAGUGGUGUGACAUGUGAUGGUGGGGGUGACAUUGUUGGAGUGAAUGCUGCAGUUUUGAUCAGCACAUUUUAAAAUUACCUGAUGUUACGGUUGUACAAGUGAGGUAAUUGUUUAUUUCAAAGAGUAGUUCAUGAAUUUACUUGAGAAGCCAAUAUAAACUUAUCAAAUUCACCAUUUCUCUUUUAUUGUUGAGUAUAAGAUCAUAAAAUUCAGUAUUUAUGUAGUUGCUUGAUUUUUUCAGUCUUCAUUUAACAAAAAAAAACAUUUUAAUUUCCCUGUAUCAAAAGUUGUAAUCACACUGAAAAACUUGGGAGCAUGUUAGGAGAGGAUGAAUAAAAAAGAGGUUGGAGAAAGCAGGCAAGAAGAGGAGAAAAGAUAGAGGAGGAAGAGAACAAGGAACUGGGGGAAAAGAUGAGAGGAGUAGAAAAUAAAACAAGAGGAGAGAAGAUGAUGAAAAGGGAAAGGAAAAAAAUAUUGGAUUAGAAAAGAAGACUAAAGGAGAAAGAGGAAAAAAAAAAUAAAACAAGGAGAAAAGACAAGUUGAAGAGAAAGUAAUAGGAGAGUUAGUGGAGGUGGCUGCCCCUGUGUUGCCUCUAGUGUUAUUGUGACUCCCUUUAGUGUGUCACACCCAGACACUCCAGACCUUCCUUCCCUUCACCAACAUCAGCUCUGUCCUUGUUUGGGGCUUUGUGUUAUGUAAAGUUUCCUAAAAACAGGUGAAUCAGCUGCAAAUUGCUGUUAUUGUCUUAUGUAAUAUAAAUUUUCAUAACCGUAUAA